AUGCUCGCCCUCCGCCCCGCGACGCUCGCCCUCCGCCCUGCGACAACGGCCGCGCGCAGGCUCAACAACCCGCUCCGACGCCGCAGCUACAGCCUGUCGACGUACGUUCCCGCGAGCAGCGCGCAGACGUCGCGCUCUGCGCCGCGCCAUCUGCUGUCCAUUGCCGACCUCUCGCCCGCGGAGCUGACCACGCUCGUCCGCAAUGCCGACGCCCACAAGCAGCGCAUCAAGGCGACUGGCGAAGUGCCGCUCGCGCUGCGCCAGUCGCUCGCCGGCCGCACCGUCGCCAUGACCUUCAGCAAGCGCAGCACCCGCACGCGCGUCUCGACCGAGGGCGCCAUUGCCGCCCUCGGCGCCGCCCCGAUGUUCCUGGGCAAGGACGACAUCCAGCUGGGCGUCAACGAGUCCCUCUACGACACGUCGCUCGUGCUCUCGUCCAUGACGGCGGCCAUUGUCGCGCGCGUCGGGCCCCACAGCGACGUCGCGACCCUCGCGCAGCACAGCGCCGUGCCCGUCAUCAACGCGCUCUCCGACGCGUACCACCCGAUGCAGAUUGUCGCCGACCUGCUCACAAUCGCCGAGUCGCACCCGAGCGCGUCGCCGGCCUCGCUGGGCCUGGAGGGGCUCAAGGUCGCCUGGAUCGGCGACGCGAACAACGUGCUGUUCGACCUGGCGAUUGGCUGCGUCAAGCUGGGCAUCGACAUCAGCGUCGCCACGCCCCGCGGCUACGAGAUGCCCCAGCCCAUGCGCGACGUUGUUUUGCACGCCGCCGCUACGUCGCCGCGGCCCGGCCGCCUCGUCGAGACCACCGUGCCCGAGGAGGCCGCCCGGGGUGCCGACGUGCUCGUCACCGACACGUGGGUGUCGAUGGGGCAGGAGGACGAGUCGGCGAAGCGCAUCCGGGACUUUGCCGGCUUCCAGAUCACGGACGAGCUGGCCGCGCGCGCAGGUGCAAAGGACAAGUGGGCGUUUAUGCACUGCCUGCCCCGCCACCCGGAGGAGGUCAGCGACGACGUCUUCUACGGGCCGCGCUCGCUCGUCUUCCGCGAGGCCGAGAACAGGCUGUGGUCUGCGCUGGCCGUGCUCGAGGCCUUUGUCGUGAACAGGGGCAGGAUCCAGUGA